CUAUGUGUGUUGUUUGUGUUAGUUAAAAACUACUUUUAGUAGCGUUGCCCGAACGAGUCGGUUCACAUUGAGUCGGUUGAACCUUUGUUGUUCAAAUAGAUGAAUCAAUUGAUUGAAUUGGUCAGAGUUCUCGGGCUAGCAACUCACCUAUUCGCUUCAUCUAUGAAUUAAACGCAAUUCUUAAAACGUAAUAAACAACAUUACACGCACGCGUAGGGUUUGUCGGUGAUUUAGUUAAAAGCGUAGACCUUUUAACUCGGUUCUUUGGAACCAACUGUUUAAAAGAGUCGACUCGCAAAAACGAGUCGGACUGUCUUAUCGCCACUUUCUGAGGAAGGCGGAGUGGUGCAGAUGGCCGCGAAUGGAGAGUAGAGUUCAGACUGUCAGAAAUGGAUUGUCAGGAAAAGCUGGAGGUUCCCGUCUACACAGAUGUGGACAGAGAGACUUUCCUGAGGGACAUAUAUCCAUUGCGUAGACCAGCGGUUCUGAAGCGCGUGCCCCUGGGGCCAUGUGUGCGUGCAUGGACGGCGAGCUAUGUCGCGCAGAAGGGGGCAGACCGCGAGGUCAAAGUUCAUGUGUCCCCAGAGCCCAGAAUGGACUUUCUGCACAAGAACUUUGUGUACAGGACACUACAGUUUGACAAGUUUGUUCAGAGAGCCGCAGAGGCAAAACACACAGAUUUCUUCAUUAGUGAGGAUGAAAGCUAUUACCUGCGCUCACUUGGAGAAGAUUUUCGCAAGGAACCGGCUGAUUUAAGCAAGCAGUUCCCUGAGCUGGCAGAGGAUUUUCACGUACCCCAGUUCUUUGAACCCGAGCAGUUUUUCUCCAGUGUUUUUCGUAUCAGUUCCUCUGGUCUGCAGCUGUGGACACAUUAUGAUGUAAUGGACAACCUUCUAGCUCAGGUUACAGGAAGAAAGCGUGUUGUUUUUUACAGCCCCGAAGAUGCACUCCAUCUUUACCUCACAGGGGACAAGUCUGAAGUUUUGGACAUUGACAAUCCCGAUCUGCAGAUUUAUCCUGAGUUUGUGAAAGCGCGUCGUUACGAGUGUAUUCUGGAGCCAGGAGACAUUGUCUUCAUUCCAGCUCUUUGGUUUCACAAUACCCUGGCUCUCCAGUUUGGAGUUGGUGUCAAUGUUUUCUGGAGGCAUCUUCCACCUGAGAGUUAUGAUAAGAAAGAUCCAUAUGGAAAUAAAGACCCGGUAGCAGCCACUCGAGCGCUCCAGUCACUGGAGAGGACUCUGGGCAUCUUGGAUGAACUGCCACCUGAUUAUCAGGAUUUCUAUGCUCGUCGCAUGGUGCUGCGGAUUCAAAAGCGGAUGUACUUAUAACGGGGUUUCAAUGUGUUUUAUUCUGUAGUUUAGUACCGUUUCCUGGUUUAUCAUGUGACUACCUUGAUCCUCGUGUUUUCCUGUUUUCUGAUUGGAUGGUAUGUAAAUGUUGCCUUUAUAUUUCACUAGUUAUUUAAGUUUAAAGUGUGUUAAACAUCCAUUUCCCAUAUCAACCUGUUAGUCCUGGUCGCUUUGUUUAUAUGUAUACUGAAGUUUCAAAUAAAGGAUGUAUUUUAUUUUA